GGGGGAUCAGAAUUAUCUCCUGGACGAUCGUAAUACGUACUCGACCAUGUUGCUGGAGGUAGGGCGCUUCGUGUUCCUGGCGCUUACAGAUGCGGCGAUGCUACCGGCGCUGGACGUGAUGAAGCGUAAUCGCCGCCACUUUGAGUUGUUCAUCGGCGUGCUGCAACUCAUUGUGUCCUUCAGCUUUAAUGCUGCUGAAGCUUUUGCCACGCAGCUGUUCCUCAGAGAGGAUCAGUGGCACUUUAUAUCCGACGUGGUGUCCAUUUCGUACUUCCUGCUGCUCUGCGUGCACCUCAUGGGCUACAAGGACGAGAACCAUAACAUUGUGCUGCGCUACGUAGCGUUUGCGGGUGCGUGGCUGUUCAAGACGAAGGACGGAUGGGACUCGACGCUUUACGAGGGGAUUCUCGUUGUCUGCUACCUGCUGCUUCUAGUAUACCGUCGCGUUGUCACGCCUACCGGCGACAUUUCCCCAUUGAACAAGCAGAACGCAAUAUAUGCAGUCGGGUGUCUAGCUGGAGCGACUAUCGUGGGCUUUAUCGCCAUCUUCUUCGAGAACGACGAGAGCCACACAGCUCUGGGAUUCGCCAAGGGCGUCAUGCACGUGAUGGGCGGUGCAGCUUUCUACUACGCGUGGCUGUCUGUUCCCUGUAUGGAUUCCAAGAAGGAUGACAUCAUCCCCACGCACAGUUCGUUCGUGUAGUGCAACUCCGUAAACGAGAACGUCUUUAUUUUUUCGCUUCUCGUUACUCGGUUUGUUUCAAGAACAAUUCAUAGAGCGUCCCAAUCGGCUCUACGUCGGUCUUUUUCGAGAUCUACAGAGUAGAAAUGUCCGGUGUUAAGGUCAAAUAAAGAGACAUUGAAUGUGCUUGAACACUGUACCUGUCUUCCGUGAGCUCGCUCGAAGUACGUUGCGUACAGUGUGAGCUGUACAUGCAAUGAUGUGAGGAAC